AUGAGGGCAAGAUUGCGCAGAGAAGAAGAGGAUGAGGAGACGCGACAACAGCGCAAUGUCACUACAGCACAAAGGGAGCGUAUUCGGAGAAGCCGGAUGACAUCAGCAGAGGUUCAGCAAAGGCGAAAUUUAGAAGCUGAGCGAUUUCGCAGUCGUGGAAGAACCAUCUCAGCUCAAACAAGAAGAUUAGCGAGGACCAAUUUGCAGCCGGAUAAGCACUACGAUGGACCGAUGAACGUCGCAUGUGGAAGCUGUGGAGCAAAGCAUUUCAAAUUUGAGUCCAAGGGUAAGAGACACUCAAUGGCUGCUGCAAUCAUGGCACCAUCAGUAUACUGCACUUCACUAACUACCCUGAGGAACUCCGCCGACUGCUCACAUGUCAAGACGCUGAAGCGAAGGAAUUUCGCGAACAUAUUCGCAGCUACAACAGCGCCUUCGCAUUCGCUUCCAUGGGCGCACAAUUGGAUACACCACAUAGACGUCGAUAUAAUGCACCUAUUGCCAAUGAAGUUGCUGUAUGUUGGAGACGAUGGAGAUGUAGCAUAACCUUGCAGUGCACCUAAGAGGAGGAGGGCUACGAUCCAUCCGAGUAAUUGACCCUUAAUGCGAUCCUUUGACCUACCCAGUCCUUUUUCCGCAUGGAGAACUGGGAUGGCAUCCAAAUAUGGUGAAGAGCCCAUCGGAAAGACGUCGUGCCAGACUAACCUAGAAGGAGUACUACUCCAACAGGAUAGCUGUCAGGGAUGAAUUUAAUCCUCUCCACUUUGCUGGAAAACUCUACCAGCAUUUUUGGUGGACAGCUACGUUAAGAUAGAGCAGAAUCGACUGAACUACGAUCGCACUCAUCAAACUGAACUCAGAGUCGAUAGCUAUAAAGGCCUCUCUGACUACGUGGCAGGUGACAACAAUAUUUCAGGUCCACCAGGUGUUCGGCAUGUUAUACUGCCUUCUUCGUUCCCAGUAUCACCCCGUGCAAUGGUACAAAAUUAUCAAGAUGCUAUGGCCAUUGUGUCCAAGUACGGGAAACCGGACCUCUUCAUCACGUUCACAUGCAAUCCUGCAUGGAGAGAAAUUGUUGAGCAAUUGCACAAUGGGCAGACGGCUUCCGAUAGACCUGAUAUUGUCGCCAGAAAUUUCAACAGCAAGUUGCAGGAGCUCUAUAACGAUUUGUUCAAGCGGCAGAUUUUUAGAGCUGUAAAUGCGUAGGACAAACCGAGAAGUAUCACUGAGAUGAACUCUAUUGUUCAAGCCACCAUACCUGACCAAGGAGCAGAGCCUCGCCUUUUCAGUAUUGUGACUACCUGCAUGAUGCACAGAUCGUGUGGAGCGGAUAAUUCGCGGUCGCCGUGUAUGGUUGAUGGGAAAUACUCUAAAAGGUUCCCAAAGGAGUUCAGAGAUGAAACAAGUGCAGACUUCGACAGUUAUCCGAUGUAUCGCAGACCAAAUGACGGUCGAACAUGUGUAUCGGCAGGAAAGAUCCUCGAUAACAGAUCGGUAGUGCCGUACAACACAUAUUUAGCCCUUCGCUAUAAUGGCCACUUGAAUGUAGAAAUCUGUGGGAUGAUUCAAGCUGUUAAAUAUAUGUACAAGUACGUUUACAAAGGACCUGACCGAGCAACACUCCACAUGAUAUGGAACGAGAACGGUUUCGAUAGCAGAGUGGUUGACGAGAUUGACGAAUUCGUGAACGCCAGAUACGUUCAUCUGUCAGGCUACCAGAAUGUGACAUUCCAAGGAGGCAGGGAAGAGGAUUCAGUUCGUCAAGCAGCCGACAAAGAGACAAUGCUCACGGCCUUUUCGAAAUUGAACGAAGAACAUGAACCGUUAUACGGUGAAGGUGACGUGCCUGAGUUAGAAAAGGAUGUCCGCACAUUACUUUACGUGCAAGUGCCAGAAUUCUUCUCAUUUGACCAGCAGGCACGGAAGUGGAAGAUGAGGCAAAGAAAGAGUCGUCCAAUUGGAAGAAUGUAUACGGCGGAUCCUUUAGAUGUAGAACGAUACAGCCUCCGAACACUACUUUUGGACAGGAGAGGACCAAAAUCGUUCAGCGAUCUGGGGACAGUUGACGGAGUUGUUCAUGUCUUUUUUAAAGAAGCAGCCAAGGCCCUAGGAUUGAUGAAUGAUGAUUCUCACUACGAAAGCUGCUUGAGCGAAGCAUCGGAAUUCCACAUGCCAGGUCAAUUUCGUUCCCUCUUUAGUAGCCUUCUUUGUUUCUGCUCUGUUAGUGAGCCAGAGCAGCUUUGGGAAAAAUUCAAGAGAGCAUUGGCAGAAGACUACAUUCAUAGAGGAUUAGGCGAAGAAGAAGGUGUUGUGCGGGCGUACUACGAUAUCAUGGACAAGAUGAUCGUUUGCGGUGCAAAUUUGAUGAGCAUAAUCAGUCCCUCUUCUCAUGAAAUGUCUGAUCAGCUCAAUGAGGAAGAGUUCACGGAAGACGAACACAUUUCCUGCGGAAGUCAUUUGAUGGUCCAGCUAAACGUGCAUCAGAAGGCAGCCGCUGAUUCCAUUUCGUCAACCAUAGACGAUGGUAAUCAUCAACACUUUUUCAUUGAUGGUCCUGGCGGCAGUGGAAAAACGUUGCUUUACACCGCAUUGUACCACACACUGCUUGGGAUGAGGAAGAAUGUGAUUUGUGUGGCCUGGACAGAAAUCGCUGCCAACCUGCUGCCUAAUGGAAGAACGGCGAGCAGCGCUUUCAAGCUCAAUAUUCAUGACAACAACAGAACAUGCACUAUGAAAAGGCAGUUAGCAGAAGCCAAUAUUCUCCGUAACGUGUCCGUCAUAUUUUAG